ACACACACACACACACACACACACACACACACACACAGAGAGAGAGAGAGAGAGAGAGAGAAAUAAAUAGAAAUAUCCUCACUGCACAUCUUUAAAACUUUAACACACAAUAUUGUUAGUGUUCACAUCAUGAGAUGUCUGUUGUGUUUAUGCGCGCGCAUGACGGACUCUGAGAGACGAAACGCGCGUGAUGUUACAACUCUUUCGAAUUAUAAAUAUAUCAUAACGACGUUAUCUUUUUUUGAUCAUUUAAUAAUUCGGAAUGUCUUCAUCUUAAUGUCAAUCUGUGAUUCUUCUGUUCUUUGUCAGAGCACAUCGUCUAUUAAUGUUGCUGUUUAAUCCUUUCUUAAAUGAACAGUCUUUGCAUGCACAGCAGCUGUCAAUCAUCCUUUGACCCUGCCCACUUUAUUUAUUAUUUAAGAGUGUUAUGAGUGAAGUUAUGUUAGCCAAUGAGAGACAGAGCUUUAAGGAAGAGGGAGGGGCUAUUAUUUUGACACCUGAUGAUGUCCUCAGUAAUGCUCCGCCCCCAGCUCCUCCCCUUCCUCCUUCCCUGCUGUUGGAAGAGCCUUCACAGAAUCAGAAGAGGAGGGUACGGAGCUUCUACUGGAAACCCAUUCCAGAGGAGCGCAUUAAACAACACGAGAGGCCAAACUUGUGGACCCACGGCGGAGAACCCACGUUACACAUUGACAUCAGAGCUAUCGAGGAACACUUCGGACAGCACGAUGAUGACACGCAGUCGUCCUCGAUGAGAGACAUGAAGAUGGCACAGAGACGAGGUUCUCUGAAGGAUCUCAGACAGCAGAUCACCAUCCUAAAUUUCAAGAGAAACAUGAAUAUCUCGAUUUUCCUCAAGCACCUCAAAAAGUCUGGUGAGGAUCUUCUGGAGGAUCUUCUUCAUGGGACUCUUCAUGAGACCUAUAGUGAGGAGUCUCUCAGAUCUCUACUGAAGCUUCUGCCAGAGGAUGAGGAGGUGAGAAGUCUACAGAUGUUUAGUGGAGAUCCUAAAGAUCUGACAACAGCUGAUGGAUUUAUGUACCGACUCAUCCAUGUGCCCAGGUAUGAGCUCCGUCUUGAAGCUCUGCUGUUAAAGAGAGAGUUUUUCCCUUCGUGUUUGUCUAUGAAACAGGAGAUCGCUGUAGUCCAGACUGCUAUAACAGAAAUAUUGAACUGUGAGGAGUUACACAGCGUCCUUCAUUUAGUACUACAAGCAGGAAAUCUAUUGAAUGCUGGUGGAUUUGCUGGUAAUGUUGUGGGCUUUAAACUUUCAUCUCUGCUCUCACUCGCUGAUACUAAAGCCAACAAACCUGGAAUGAACCUGAUGCACUUUGUAGCUUUGGAAGCUCAGAAGAAAAAUUUGCUGAUAUUUCCAGAGAAACUUCUUCAUGUUCAGCAAGCAGCUCAUUUGUGUGUUGACAGUAUACAUGUAGAGUUGAGUUCUCUGAGCAGAAGACUUCAUCAGGUUCAGAUGAAUAUUCACACAGAUGAUGAUUUACAGACACAACUUCACUCAUUCCUUAAGAGUGCAGAUGAAGCUUUAACAGAUUUAAGGGUGUGUUGUGACGAGAUGGUGAAUAAAGAAAACUCUUUGAUUGAUUUCCUCUGUGAGGACAAAGAAACAUUUAAACUGCACGAGUGUUUCCAAAUUUUCCAGAAUUUCUGCUCCAAAUUCAAAAAGGCCGUUCAGGAGAACGCUGAGCGAGAAAUGUGGGAGGAGUCACGCCGUAAACGUCUCAAGGAGUCAGAGGACAAGCGUCACUCAUGGGCGGCUCAAGAGGGUGUGAGAGGAUCCUUCGGCUUGAGGUCCAGCAGUGAGGCAUCUUUAAAGAGGGAGGGGCUUCUGGAUCUCCUCAGGACACGCCCACAAAAUCCUCAUAGUCCAGUGCUGGAGUUCGGGAGUGUCCAUCGCUUUCAGCAACAGAAAGUCAGCAAUGAAUCAACAGACCACCGAGAUACAGAGACACAAACACUUCCUCCCAUACACACACUGUCCAUUACACACUCAGCAUCAGAGAUACACACAGACACACACAGAUCUGAUCUCCAUAGAAGUCCCAUAAUCAAAACUAAAUCUGAUCCAGACACCAGCACAACAAACUUCAAUCCAGAGGAAACAAAGAUACAAGAAUCACAGGAACACAACCUUCAGUGUCAGCAAGCACCAGAAGAUGAAGAGAUGACCUCACAUGUGAGCUUAGCAAGAGAAUCUGAAGUCAUCUGUGAAAGUCAAAACCAAACUGAGGUCUCAGCUGAAGGCGUACAGCCAACAUCUCAAUGCACAAACAAACAGGUGGAGUCUCUCAGAACCAGUGGUGGAUCUAUACAGCUGAACCAAACAAGAACCAACACGUCCCUGCCGAAAGCCCUUGACUCUAAACGCAGAUCAACACCUUCUUCUAAACUCUUAUCUUCAUCUAAACCAUCACCAUCUCCUAAAACCUCCUCUAAACCAUCACCAUCUCCUAAAACCUCCUCUAAACCAUCACCAUCUCCUAAAACCUCCUCUAAACCAUCACCAUCUCCUAAAACCUCCUCUAAACCAUCACCAUCUCCUAAAACCUCCUCUAAACCAUCACCAUCUCCUAAAACCUCCUCUUCAUUCUCAAAGUCUUCACACCAGCGACCCAUUCGCACCCCGAUCGCCUCUGAGACCCAGAGCUUGAGGAAGAUUGUUCCCAUCAGUCGACCCGGUUCCUCUGGUCCGCAGAAAUCUCCUAGUGGAGGUGCCCUCAACAUUUCCAGUGCCAAGAAAAGGGAAUCAGUUCGGCCGACCCCUGAGGAGAAGAUGUGUCGCGUUACGCUACGAGCCUUGGCCACUCCCACCGUUCCAAACCUCACCCGCUACUCCCAACCUGCUCCCGGCUUCACUCGCGACACUGUGGCGUCCACCACACGACAUGGCGUCGCUCCUGCCGACAGAUCAAAUCAACCCUUUACAGCCAACCUUAAACGACCACAGCUGACCCGCACGGCAUCACUUCGACUCUCACAAACUCUCAGUCGAGAUCCCAAAAAGAGCAGCGGCGUUAUCUCCAAAAACUCUCAAGAAUCACUAAAUAAAUCUGUCAAAGCAACUUGGAAGUAUAGAGACACACACAGUUGUAAUAAUACUAGAGGAAAAUAAUCCCUGCUAAAAAAACAAUAGACACCAUCACAGAAAUUCUAAUGGUUUUAUUGGGAAUUGUAUUGGUUCUAAUGGAAUAUGGCCCAAAACACACUACAGUGUAGUGGUUUUAAUGGUAAAAGCUAAUGGUUCCUAUUAGUAUUUUAAUGGAAACCAUUAGAAGUUUUAUUGUUUUUUUCAGCAGGGAUGCUGAAAUCAUAAACGUAUUUUUGUAUUAUUUUGAUGAUUUUAAAUCAUUAUAUUUAUAUCAUGUAGUUAUUAUUGCACAGUUCAUCUGUGUGUACGUCAUUUAAACAGAAUUUAUCAUUGGAAGAUAUUUCAGUAGAUGUCGAGAAAAAAUAUA